AUGUUGAAGUCCAUAACAUUUCUUGUAUUUCUUGCCGUGGUUCAAAGUGUUAAAUUACCCCCAAAUUUUCGAAAAUGUAACCGAAAUCAACCUGAUUUAAAACAAUGUGUGUUAGAAGCCGCCCAACAUGCAGUCCCUCAACUUACCAAACCUUUUCCACACUUAAAUAUCCCAAAUCUUGAACCUUUGUUAAUCCCUGAACUCGAUAUAAUCAAAAACGGACAAGGAAAAGUCGCAGUGAAUCAAUAUUACUCAAACUGUCUAUUUUACGGUUUCAGUAGUAUCAAAUUCGACCAAUUUGAGUUUGAUUUCGACAAGAAAACUCUUGAAGUCAAAGGAGUUUUCCCCGAAAUAAAGAAAAAUUGUCACUACAAAAUGGAUGGAAAAAUUCUGCUCUUGCCCGUCAAAGGUGAAGGUCCGAGUACAAUAGUUUUGAAAAAUGUGAAAACAGUGUGUCGGCUACACUACGAAGAAAUUUCAAAUAAUGGAAAAACCUACUUGAAAUUUACCAAAAGUGAUUUAGACAUCGAACCCGAUUUUGUCAACUUCAACUUUGAAAAUCUCUUCAAUGGUGACAAGGCUUUGGGAGAUAAUAUUAACAAAGUGCUUAAUGAAAACUGGCAAGACGUCUACCAUGACCUCAAGGAUGAUCACAUUCAAGUCCUCAAUAAAAUCCUUCUUAAUUUGAUGAACAACUUCUUCGCUAAAGUGUCAGUUGAGGAGGCUUUCGACUGAUUUCUGCGCCAGAGCCCACCACUAUUAAUUAUUUUCCUG